AUGCAGCAGGCUCUGGCCAUCCUUGCUCUAUAUCUAUCAGCCCUGGCCGUUGGCCAAGGCCUCCCUAUGAAUAAUUUCAUACCUCCUCCUCGUCCUCCUCAUCCCCCACCAGUGGAACUCAUAGCAACGAAUUUACACAAGAACUGUAAAGACUUUGAGAUUUCCUCCGCGCGCCGUGAUGGAUCAGUGAGGCGGCCAGGCUCACCAGACUCAACCGCAUCAUACUCAGGGUCAGAAGCCCGGCGUAUGCGUCGCGCAGAUGAUGUAGAUGGCGACGUCCUCAUCGCAAACUGCAAGAAUCCUCAAGGCAUAGUGCACGAGGUCACUCUGAGCCUCAACCGAUGUUUUGGCUGGGAUCCCGAGAACAUAGGUCUUACUGCGCAGUUGAAGUAUGCAUCUUGCUUUGCUAUAGCUAUUGUUGCUGUAGCAGUGGAUAUGGACUUCAGAGAGGCGGAUGCGUCAACUGUAGAUAUGCGCGAGGGCCACAGCCAUCCGAUCCUGGUACAAUAUUCUGUACCUGCAAGACAAACCCGCGACUACAACAACCAAACCAUAACAUUAGGUGGUGUCAUCCAAUAUAACGCCAGGUCUGGGCUUAUCAGCUGCCAUGGUGUGGAAGGGACCGAUUUGGGACCAGUGCCUCCUGCCCCACGUGGAGACGAAGCUGUUUAG